AUGUUGUCCUCAGUAGAGAUUCCAAGUAUCAAUGAGACCAUAGCUCUGUCAUCGGCCGUUUAUGAUAUUAUUUCAAAACUCCUCGACUUGGAGCACAUUUCAAUUCCUCGGACCUACGAAUCGAUAAAGUUUCGAAUCAAAUUCAACCUGAACCGAUUCUGGAGAGCAUACUGCACUAUCCUGAUUGUUCUCACCUUAUACACCUUUCUAACCAACUGGAGACUACUCUUCGAUGUCGUUCUAUUUCUCUUAGGUACCGCAAUAAGCAGGUCUCUUAACUACGAUAUCAUCCGGUUGCACCCAGUGCAAGUCUACACUACAUUUUGUAUUGCAUUCCUGCUUCUCAGAAUCUCAGCAAUGGCUACUCUAUUGUCCACAAUUGGCACAGGUAGCCUCAUGGCUGCCCUUCACUCUGUCUUCGUUGGUGUGCCUGAGCACGAGUAG